GCCGCUGGCUCAGUAACAACCCGUCGCCCAACCGAGGCACUACCUGCACCAUGCUCGUCACCGCGGUGCUGGCCCUGACGGCCGCCCUCGUGGCGUUCGUCUGCGUCUACAUGUCCUGGCACUUCGACUACUGGAAGAAGCGCGGCAUCCCCUCCGUCAACGCGCUGUCGCUGACGGGCGACCGCGGCGGCGGGCUGCCGUUCAACAAGAGCUUCUGGAAGAUCCUGGACCCCAUCUACAACAAGUACAAGAAGCAGCAUGCCUACGUCGGCAUGUUCCAGGCGCGCCGGCCCGUGCUCGUGGUGCUGGACCCCGAGAUGGUCAAGAUGGUGCUGACCAAGGAGUUCUCGACGUUCCACGGCCGCGGCCAGCCCAUCGACGAGGAGAACGACCCCAUGAGCUUGAACCUGUUCAACCUGGAGGGCCCCCGCUGGAAGAACCUGCGCUCCAAGCUGAGCCCCACCUUCACGUCCGGCAAGCUCAAGCUCAUGUUCCCCCUGAUGGCGGACCUCACCGACGACCUGAGCGGCGCGCUGACGCAGCUGGCCGCGACCGGCGAGAAGGGGCAGGUGGAGAUGAAGGACCUGCUGCUGCGCUACGCCACCGACGUCAUCGGCACCGUGGCGUUCGGCAUCGAGUGCAACUCGCUCAAGAACGACAAGGCCGAGUUCCACACCAUGACGCGCGAGGUGUUCAACCGCAACCUGCUCUUCAUCAUCCGCUUCUUCCUCGUGUCCGUGCACCCCAUCUUCAUGAAGCUGAUGCCCUUCAAGAAGCUCUUCUCCAAGUGCACCAACUUCUUCCUCAACCUGAUGAAGGACACGGUGGAGUACCGCGAGGAGAACAAGAUCGAGCGCAACGACUUCGUGAACCUGAUGAUGCAGCUGCGCGACCAGGACCGCCACGUGACGGACCGCCUGAACCACAUCGAGAUGACGAGCGACGUGAUGGCGGCCCAGGCCUUCCUGUUCUUCAUCGCGGGGCUGGACAGCAUCGCCAACACGGUGGGCUUCUCGCUGCACGAGCUGGCCCUCAACCCCGAGCUGCAGCAGCGCGCCGCCGAGGAGGUGCGCGCCCUCAAGGCCAAGCACGGCGGGCUGACGUACGAGGCGCUGCGCGACAUGGACCUCAUCGAGAGGAUCAUCCGGGAGUCGCUGCGCAAGUGGGGCCCCGUCGGCAUCCUCACCCGCGAGCCCAAGGAGCCCUUCCAGCUGCCGGAGACCAAGGCGGUCGUGGACAAGACCUGCAUGGUGUGGAUCCCCGUCUUCCAGAUGGCGCACGACCCGGAGUACUUCCCGGACCCCGAGCGCUUCGACCCGGAGCGCUUCACGGAGGAGAGCAAGGCGCAGCGGCACCCGUACACGUACCUGCCCUUCGGCGAGGGCCCACGCUUCUGCAUCGCCGAGCGCUUCGCCAUCCUGGAGAUGAAGCUGUGCCUGGCCGGCAUGCUGGACAAGCACCACUUCGUCGUGGGCGACAAGACCGCCGUCGAGAUCGAGACCGACUCGCGCUCCUUCUCCCCCACGCCCAAGGGCGGCUUCUGGCUGCGCGUCGAGCAGCGCGCCGAGUAGGCCGUCGAGAAGGCCGUCGAGUGGGCCACCGAGUAAGCCGUCGAGGAAGCCGCCAUCGCGCGGGGAGGGAGGGGCCGGGAGACCGGCGCCUCACGAGACUCCCACUUUGGCCGCACCAGAACCCCAGCCGCGCUCACGUACUGACGUCAGAGUGACCCUGCGUGUGUCAGUGGCGGGGACGCAAAAGUUGACUGCUUUAAAAACGAGGAAGGCAGGUCGGGAAAAUGGACAUGUAUGUGUGUGUGCGUGCUGGUGAGUGUCCCUCUGUGUGAGUGGGUGUUUUCGAAUAGGAAUGGCCGGCGCCGAUGUGAUUGGUGUGUCGGGCGAAGUACUUGAGAGUCGAGAGGUCCUGCAGAUUAGACAAAAAUAAUACUGUAAGUGGAGAUUGCAGCCCAGCUGUUUGUCUCGGACGUCCGCCAGCGUCCGCCAGCGUGUCCGCCAGGGCGGGGCGUGGCCGGCGUGGCCGGCGGGGCCCAUCACGGUCAAGCGGGUCAAGAAGCCCUUGCGAGAGCUCGACCGACCGUCCGUCCAGAAAUGACUCAACGCGGAGCAAAGACGUCCGCCCUCCGCACCAUUAUGAUUGACUUCACAAAAUGAAAGAGGGGAAAAAUCGCGUCGA